AGGACUAUCAGAUUGCUGGUGAUCCAUCCAAGCCGAGAAAGCACGUCGACAUUAUCCUAUCACCUCAAAGUUGUUCCCCUGGACUCUACACCACCUUAUGAAGCACUGUCUUAUACAUGGUGCAAACAAAGCGAUGGCUACCUGCAGUGUGAUGGAAAGAACUUCAGUAUAAGGCGGAAUCUCAGAGAGGCUCGUACACGCCUCUGUGGCACUGUUGUCCAGCGAAUUAUAUGGACCGAUGCCAUCUGCAUAAACCAGGAUGACAUGGAAGAAAAGGCAAGUCAGAUAAAGCUCAUGCGGGAAUUCUACAACAAGGCGACGCGCAUUCUCGUUUGGCUGGGGGAAGAUGUGGGCGGUAAGGCUGAGAAGCAUUCGACCGGAUCGGCAGGAUUGCUCAGCCCGAAAAUAACGUCCCUUCUCCCAAAGUCUCCUGGUGGGAUCCCGUAG